GACGAUUCGCGCCAUGUGUCAAAAUUUUCUUACUCUUUUCAUCUCGUUUCGCGUGACUACAGAGUAUUCAUCGAAAUUCUUUCUGUGAUGUUAAGUUUUGUGUUUGCAAUAUGAUCCUGAUUGCAAAGCCCCAGCUCAAGAUAUUAGAUAAAAAUAAAUUACAUGUAUCGCGAAGGCCAGGAUGCAUCGCGUGGUUGUUGCUCGGGUUGUCGGCGAUAAUCUUCAUUGGAAUAUUUAGCCACUUGACGAGCAAUGUGUAUUUACUGAUUAUCUUGCUCUUGGGUGAAAUCAUGUUUGGACUGGACAGUUUUGGAGAAUGGGAAGAUCUGAUUUUGUACAAGAACGAGAACAAGGCUGUCAUCGAGAGAUUCGUUUGGAGCGACAAACUGUGCUCGGGUAGCUCGGGAGAAUUCUCCUUCAUGCGGCUCACCGACAUCCGGCACAUUGGGAUCUCAGACAAGAUAAGCCUCUUUAUUCUCCACAGGAAUGGGCAAAUGAUCACUCUUAAUAUGAAAGGCUUAACGAGAAAAGAGAUACAAGAUUUGAGGAAUGAAAUAAACUAUUUUUUGAACAUGAGCCGGCUUAAAUAUCUCGAUCAUUCUUUGGUCAAUCCUUCGGACCGAUUAUUGCUUCCUUCCGAUUCCGAGGAAUACUUGCCAAAAGCGUGCCUACCUACGUCCAAUGAGUUUACCGUCUCGGACAAUGUAUUGGGCAGUACAUUGGGCAGGAUGUCUAAUCAGUGCUAUCAGGUGCAGCAGAAUUCAAGCUACCCAAGUUUAAUGCGUGGAACGCAACUCAACAGUUAUCAACUGGCAAAUUUGAGGAGAGGCCCUUACACGGAAAAUUCGGCGCGUUUUAAUUACGUCAAAUAUACUAGAAAUAUUAGCACUAUUCCCACACCUCGCAAUUUCUGCAAGCUUCAUAAAGAAUGUAAUUAAUCAAGUGACAUUUGUUCAUGUUGUACGUGUCCUCGAGAUUAUUAACACUGUAGUCGCUAAUUCGCGAUUAGAGACAAAUUUGUGUAGCAAAGCAAGAUUUUUUUUAUUCGUCUCUUGUACACUCCAAUAAAUAAUUAUUUACUAAAUAACAAUCAUUUCUGUUUGACAGUAUCAAAGAAGAUACUUCAAAACUUGAAACCAGUU